AUAAAUUUUUAUCUGUUUGUGUACCCAUAACCAUACCUCAUAGCUAGAUGUGGGCAGGUGCGCGUUUGCAUCCGCUUUCCUGUUUAUUUGCGUUGCUCGGUGGCGGUGUCGGUGCAACUGGCAGCUGUUGCGCAUUUAGCGCGUUGAGUGUGAACUACGCCAAUUCGUGGAAAUUCAAUGCCAAACGGUAGUUGUUGCCUAUCUGCCGCCAACAACUCGCGUGGCAUAGACGCGUUGCGCUUCUUCGUUUUUUUAUUUUUUGUUUUUAAGAAAAAAGUAUCAAAAAAAGGAUUUCGCGGAUAAAAUAACGCACACAUACAGACGCGUGAAGGUCCUUGCGCGCGAAUUUCGUGGCAUUUCAUGUGUCGAAAGUGUCAAAAUUGUCGAAAUAAUCUGCUGAGGGCAGCGAAUUUUUGCGCUGUGUUACAGUUCUCGGAAAUUUUAAUGUGAAUAUUUUCAAAAAUAGAAAAUUGAAAAUAAUUCCGAGUGCAUAUUUUUGAUAACUCGUUCUGGAAGUUGUAAUCUCCAUGUCUCCGGCGUGCGCUACAUCAUUCAAUUUCCACGUAUUAGUGCCACUAAGCGCGUGUUUUGUUGUAAAAUUUGUGAAAAUUGACGCUUUUGUGUGAGCGUGUGAAAUGUUAGUGUCUCGCUGAGCAUGUUAAUAUUAAUGAUGCCACCGGAGAAGUUACGGCAGCCACUAAGACGCUGCAGAGAUGGGAAACGCAACGCUUGUGAUUUUCAUCGUGAGAAGAAAUUAUAUAAAAGACCCUACAAUCCAAUGCCAGCCCGAAAGGGGCUGCUUGCGCCCCAAAAUACCUUCUUGGAUACGAUCGCAACACGUUUCGAUGGCACACAUUCAAAUUUCGUGCUUGGCAAUGCGCAGGCAAAUGGCAAUCCAAUUGUUUAUUGUUCGGAUGGCUUCGUGGAGCUGACAAGAUAUUCGCGUGCGCAAAUAAUGCAAAAGGGAUGCUCGUGCCAUUUCCUGUACGGUCCGGAAACAAAAGAAGAGCACAAACAGCAAAUUGAGAAAAGUCUGAUGAAUAAGACCGAAUUGAAAUUGGAAGUUAUUUUUUACAAAAAAGAUGGUUCACCGUUUUGGUGUCUCUUUGACAUUGUGCCAAUUAAGAACGAGAAACGGGAUGUGGUGCUCUUUUUGGCAUCGCACAAGGAUAUUACACAUACAAAAAUGUUGGAGAUGAAUGUCAAUGAAGAAUGUGAUAGCGCUGCUUUGUUGGGCGCGCGUUUUCGUGCCGGUUCCAAUGCUGGCAUGUUGGGCUUGGGCGGCCUGCCGGGCCUAGGCGGUCCACCGACAUCGGAGGCGGAUGGCGACGGCAUGGAGGGCAAUAAUCUGGAUGUACCUGCUGGCUGUAAUAUGGGACGACGACGUAGUCGUGCGGUGCUCUAUCAACUGUCCGGUCACUAUAAGCCGGAGAAGGUGAAGACGAAAUUGAAGUUGGGAAAUAAUUUAUUGCAUUCAACAGAGGCGCCUUUUCCCGAAUACAAAACGCAAUCAAUAAAAAAGUCACGCUUCAUUCUGCCGCAUUAUGGUGUUUUCAAGGGUUUUUGGGACUGGAUUAUAUUGGUGUCGACAUUCUAUGUGGCCGUUUUGGUGCCAUACAAUGCGGCAUUCGCGAAAGCGGAUCGCCAAACCAUGGUAUCGGAUGUUAUUGUGGAGGCGCUAUUCAUAGCAGACAUUUUAUUGAAUUUUCGUACAACAUUCGUCUCGAGCAAAGGUGAAGUUGUCUCCGAUUCGAAGCUGAUUGCCAUUAACUACUUGCGUGGCUGGUUUGUCGUGGAUUUGCUGGCGGCGCUGCCGUUCGAUCAUCUCUAUGCAUCGGAUCUAUAUAAUGGCGAGGAGUCACACAUUCAUUUGGUGAAAUUGACACGACUGUUGCGCCUGGCACGUUUGCUACAAAAAAUGGAUCGAUACUCACAGUACACCGCCAUGAUACUGACACUGUUGAUGUUAUGCUUCUCGCUGGUGGCGCAUUGGUUGGCCUGCAUCUGGUAUGUCAUUGCCGAAAAGGAGUACAUGAUGAAUGAUAGCGGCUGGGAUAUAGGUUGGAUGCACGCUUUGUCGGAGCGCUUGAAAAUACCCAUCACGAAUAUCACCAACGCUGAGGCCUAUUCAACAGCGCUGUAUUUCACUUUCACCAGCCUGACAUCGGUGGGGUUCGGCAAUGUGUCCGCGAAUACGACGGCCGAGAAGGUCUUCUCCAUCAUCAUGAUGCUAAUUGGAGCAUUAAUGCACGCCGUCGUGUUCGGUAAUGUGACGGCGAUAAUCCAGCGCAUGUAUUCACGGCGCUCAUUGUACGAGAGCAAAUGGCGUGACUUAAAGGAUUUUAUAGCGCUGCAUCAGAUGCCCAAAGAACUGAAACAAAGGAUUGAAGAUUACUUUCAGACAUCGUGGUCGCUCAACCAUGGCAUUGAUAUUUAUGAGACGCUACGCGAAUUUCCCGAGGAGCUGCGCGGCGACGUGUCCAUGCAUCUGCACCGUGAGAUUCUACAAUUGCCGAUAUUCGAAGCCGCUUCACAGGGUUGCCGAAAACUUCUCUCACUACACAUCAAGACCAAUUUUUGUGCACCCGGUGAAUUUUUGAUACACAAAGGUGAUGCGCUGAACUAUAUCUACUAUCUUUGCAAUGGUUCCAUGGAGGUCAUCAAGGACGAUAUGGUGGUGGCCAUAUUGGGCAAAGGUGAUUUGGUUGGUUCUGACAUUAAUGUGCAUUUGGUGGCCACAUCCAAUGGCCAAAUGACAGCGACCACCAACAGUGCUGGGCAGGAUGCGGUGGUGCGCAGCAGCAGCGAUGUGAAGGCGCUGACUUACUGCGAUUUGAAGUGCGUACAUAUGGGCGGUCUAGUUGAGGUGCUACGUCUCUAUCCGGAAUACCAACAACAAUUCGCCAAUGAUAUACAGCAUGAUCUCACAUUUAAUUUACGUGAGGGAUAUGAUGCUCUGCAGGAGAUGACCUUCUCGACCAUGGCCUCACAGGCUAGUUUGAAAUUCCCACCGGCGCGUUCUAUACCCAAUAUAUGUGGCACAGUCGGAAGCGCGGUUGGUAUGGGCAGCACCAUGCACUUUGUUGCGAGUAGCGCAGAUGAUAUGUCACUGCAGCGCUCGUCCUCUCAUCCGCCCGAGAUUUGGGGACGUGAAAUGCAACUGCCCUUUGUUGGUGGUGCUGCAGUGCAAGGAGGUGUGGCUAGUGUUGAUGCUGGUGGUGGUAUAAGUGCCACCGGCAGCGCUAAGACAAACUCACCGGCUGCCCCAGAAGUGCCGAAGAUAUCGCGCGCUACACAAACAGACUUCUAUAAGAUAGACUUUCCCGUUUUCGAACGUUUCGUAUUGGCCAAUCCACGUCUGGUUCUCGGCUUGCUAGGCAUUGAUCCUGCGAUAAAGACUGAAAUCGAAUUGCUACAACAACAACAGACUCUACAAGUAUCGCCACUGAAUACAAUCGAGGAAGUCAUAUCGCCCGCCGAAGGCCCUGGCUCAAUUACUGGCUCUAAUGAACGUCUGCUGGGCGACAGCUUUUGCGGCAAUGGUAAGUCGUAUGCACUGAUGGACGACGAGAACUCCAAUGACUAUCGUUGGAUAAUGAAGCAUUCCGUGAGUAAAAGUAGUAACUGUUGUCGCUCGACUGAGGCUUUGCUGCAGCCCAUUGAAGAGCAACAAGAGUUACCAAAGUACACCGUUCCAUCAGCUCAACGCAUGCCACAAUCACCGCCCUCACGCUACGAGCAACACUAUACGUCCGCUACGACAACCGCGACGACAAUCAUAGCAGCGACGGCGGCUUCCGCGGAUCCAGCGAUCAACUUACAGUUAAUUAGCGAAGCAGAACGUACAGGCGGUCUUGCAAAGAAUCAACAGCAACCACCAGCGGCACACCGUACGACACGUCGGAACUCCAACACCAACUACAGCCAACAACAUCACAGCAACAGUAAUAGCAGUCUCUCGAGUAAUGCAUCCACACAUUCGAAUAGCAGCAACAGUCCGCCUGCGGUAACAACUGCCGGCACGACUGGACACAAUGGACCGGUUGGUGGUGGAGUCGGCACCAACAGCAAUGGUAGUGGUGGGGCUGGUGGAGGCAGUAGUGCGCCCAGUAACAACAACGGUCGGCGUUCGUCUUGGAAACUGCAUCGUUCGCAAAGUGGUGACUAUAAGCGUUUACCCGAAGCGCUAGAGGACUCACCGCCGGGCAAGAUCAUCACCGCCGCAACAGCAACAACAACCACAUCUGUCACACAUUAUGCUUACAGCGGAAGCGGUGCCGCCGAUGAACAUCUCGAACUACUCGCCAGCAGACGCUCGUCCCGCGCCAGUUGUGCAUCCGUGGUUAGCGCGGCGACGGAGGCAGCAGCGGUAAGCAAGCGCAAUAGCCUAAAUGCGAAUCGGUCGCUACUGAGUGUGACUGGUGGUGGCGCCGGUGGUGCAAACGGCGCACACAGUCACACGAGUUACCGUUUCUCCGCCGGUGAUGCUGACAAAUUGGAGAAGGGACUGAAAGGAUUACCAUCGACGAGAUCGCUGAGGGAUGCGAGCGUGAAUUAGCUGACAGACGGUGGUUGGAAAAUCAGGAACUGAUUUAAGAGUAGAAGUAGUGGUAGCUGUAUAACUAGCUAGUUUGAUAAAAAAAUAUGAACCAUGUGCUGUGCAGUAGUUGAAAAAGACAGAGUUGUAUAGUUGUACAAAUGAGAACAGUGAUAAAGUUGAAGAAGGCGUAGGUUGUAUUUUAGCUGCAGCAAUUCAAAUUAUAUAGUUAAGGAAGAAGAAAGUGACAGGGAAUAUAUUUUAAUGCAGUGGUUAAGGACAAGAACGUAUAUAGAGUGAUCUUGAAAUAAAUAGGUUUAAGAAGGUUUGAUGGAUACAAUGCAACAAGGGUUAUGGUCAUCUCAUACAUAGGUACGUAUUACUGUUGAGUUUUUCACUAAGAUCGCUUUCAGUGAGAUUGGAGAUUGAAGUACAGUACCAUUUUGAGCUAUUUCUUAUAUAUAUAAUGAUUUGAGAGACUCAAAUGCUCACCUAACAUAUAGUAGAUUAGCACUCGAAACUUUCGGUGAUAUGCGCUCUAGUGAGUACCAUAAUUGGAAGUAGUACGAAGAUUAUCUCAUAUUUGAAUUGUUCGGAGAGCAGCUAGAGAGCGUGAGCAUAAAUUUGAGUGUGAUUUUUGAAUUGAGUGAGUUUAUAGUAACAGUGAGUGAUUUUAUCAUAUAUGUUGAGAAGAAGUAAUAUUUUUAGCAACAUAAAAGUGAAAAAAAAAUGAAAAUAAAAUAUUAAUAAAAAAUCCAUGCACUAAUGUACACAAACAUAUAUUUUGUUAAAUUUAUGUUGAAUUCUCUUGAUGUGAUUUUUAACUGUUUGUGAAAUUUAAAAAUAAACAAAGCGUUAAAUUUAAGAAUAUGUUAGGCUUAGGAACAAGAUAAAUUCACUAAAAAUAAAUAAAAAAUAAAUUUUAAAAUUAUAUUUUAAAAUUAAAUUUAAGUCAAAAUAUAUAUUUUAAGUGAACAAAAUAAGAAUAAAGCAGCUUAAGUAACAAAGUGAGGUGCUUAAGAGAACUAUAUGUAGUAUAAUUGACUAGUAUCUUUAUAAAUAUUUAUUUAAAAAUUUUGACUUACAACUGAAUAUAUUUAUAAAAUAAAAUUAUUAUAUCACCGCUACCUUCGCAAAUACCUAAACACAUAAAUUAUAUCAACUUGAAGCCUGGCUGUCACUAAAAAGUUCGAAAGAAGUAUAACUGUAAACAGAGACAUAUGAACAUAUAAAUGAUAUCAAUCUAUUGGGUGAUCUAUGCUCGAAACAUUUAUAUAUUGUGUGAGCACACGUAGUAUAGUCUUAUUGCUGCAAAUCAUUUAUGGAAAUCUCUUGUUAUGAAAAUCACUUGAAUACGUUGUUAAACAUUAUUUAUUUCCAAUAUAAAUAUUAUGUUUUAUUUCAUGUUUUUUGUUAUUUUUAGAAAUUUAAAAUUGAAAAAAAGGCUCAUGACUGUUUUAGAUUUUGUAUGCCAAUUAGUAUGCUUGCUGUCGAAAUAAAUAAAAUAAGAGUCUUAAAAUAAAUCUCAAAACUACAUUAUAUUAUAGAAAUAUAUAUAUUUUGUUAAGAGAAAAGAAUAAUAAGCGAGCUGAGCUUAAGAGUGUUAAAUAUAAUAAAAGUUAAAUUAAGUGUUGUAAAAUAUUAAAUAAUGUUUGUAUAAAUGUUGAACUAAUGCUCUAAGCUUUCUACUUCCGUAAAAAAUAGCACAAGAAGUCAUAAAAGUUAUUGGUAAAAAGUAAAAUAAAAAGUUUUAGUUUAAGGUCAGAAAAUUUUAAGCAAAAAAUAUAAAAAAAAAAUUCCAAGUACUAGUUAUUUGUAUGCCAAUUUCUGCAGGCUUGAAUUUUAUUAAAUAUUUCUUAAACCUGAAAGACUUACAAUACCUGCUCAAAUUAAGUAAUGAAACUACAUACAACUAAGUAUACAUACAUAAAUAUAUAUGUUGAAUAUUUAAUUAAUAAGCUAUCAUAUAGUAGUUAUAUGUAUAUGAAAAAUUAAAACUAACAAAGUAGAAAACUGAAGUGAAAAGUUCAGCUUACAGUUGGAAAAAUAAAUAAAAAAUAAAAAAUUAAAAAAACAAAAAUAAAUUCCAAAAAAAUCAGACAAAAAAACAUCAAAGAUAUACAGAAAAAAAAAAAAACAAAAAUUAUCAAAACAUAGUUUCCGUUCUUAUCUGUAAAUUCAAUGUUUUAAGCCAAACACAAAACAAAGCAAAACAAACAACUUUUCCAAUGCCAACAAAACUCAGCUGGACUGAAACGCAUACAAUUAAUCAACAACAAGAAUACAUACAUAUGCAUAUAUUCAGUAGAGUAAAAAUACAUCAAAUAACAGUAUA